AUGGCACCUCCACCUUCUGCCAACUUGCCUCUUACCGAGAGAAUCGUGAUCCUCGCGAAAACCCUCCAGUUUGGGUGGUUUACCGGACAUCUCGUCCUGUUGCUCUGCAUCACCCGAUACUCGCUGUCAUGGAUCCGAAUGAAUUACUACACCCGCAUGGCGCAGUUCUCGUACCGCACUGCCUUUAUUGCCGCUGCCGCCACCUACGGAAUCGUUGUUUACAAGACGAUGCGAGCUAGACAAAAGGUGGGCGCGAAGUACCCUUCGGGCGGCGCUUUGGGACUUGCGGCCGAUGAGAACGUCCAAUACUUGGUCAUGGCUUUGGUCUGGCUCUUCAUGCCCCAGUACCCCUUGGCUAUGCUCCCCUACGGAAUCUACUCCAUCUUCCACGUCGCGACCUACACGCGUGCCAACGUUAUCCCCACUAUUCAACCGGCCAAGCCUGCUGCAGGAGCCUCCUCUGGCGCCAAGGCUGCUGGAAACCCCAUCGCCGAUGCUAUUGGAUCCUUCGUCAAGACCUACUAUGAUGCGUCCAUGUCUGUUGUUUCUUUCCUCGAAAUCGCUCUCUGGGGCCGUAUCUUCUUGUCUGCCAUCAUCUUCCAGCGACGGUCAUGGAUCCUUAUUGUCAUCUACACCGUCUUCCUCCGCGCCAGAUUUUCCCAAAGCUCUCACGUGCAGCACGCGUUCGCCACGAUCGAGGCACGUAUUGAUUCGGCCGUCGGAGCUCAAAAUCUUCCCCCGGUGGCGCGACAGAUCUGGGAGACGGUCAAGAAUGUGGCUCGUCAGUUCCACAGCGCGACUGACAUCAGCAAGUACAUGAACGGAGCCUCAGUACCCAAGAAAACGUCUUAA